AUGGACCUGGAAAGACUCAAGCAAAAUCUCCGCCUUCGCUCUGGCCGAUUAAAAAAGACUCGCAAGGCCACCGGAAAGCCAACCCCUGCUGCCGUACAGUCAAAGGUGCCAGAUGCUCGCAGUAAUUCGACCAAUUUCGCCAGGCCGUCGUCUCAGCCGCCAACCGCAGCGGUCUAUAGUCCUAUCGGAGAAGAGCCUUCUCUUCGCAACUGGGACACGAAUGCCACACUUCCAAUAGCCGGUCCAGCAAGUCCUCCAGACCACCGUCCUGACCAGCCUCGUGCAGCAACUCGUUCAUAUCCGAGUUCGGACCCACGAGAAUCGUCGCCUGCCAGAUAUGGUCGAUCAGGGAUAGAACGACCUCAAACAGGCGACUUGCCAGAGCCGACAAAAGGCCCUCCGCCUGUCCACAGAGCCAUGUCAGAAACCGAUAUGGGGGCAGUGCUAAAUUCAGAUGCUUCGGAUGCUGUGGACUUUGACCUGCGACCUCCGCCACCUCGACCAAAGCCGCCCUCGCUGGAGUCACUCGCAGAGUCGUUGUUUUCUCCAGAGCAUCUCAAUGUCCUGCUUCGCCAUCCUGAUUACUUGGCUCGCUUCACAUCCUUUUUGGCCAAAUAUCAACCGCACAUCCAACCCGUUCUUCUGAGAUUUCUCGCAACCCAAAAGGCGAUCAAGGCUGUCGAAUAUGCCAAUGCCGUGGCCGAAGGAUUGGAGCUGGUGCCCGCAGCAGAUGAUGGACCUUCCGUUGCUGCUAAGCUCGACAAAGCUUUCGCGGAAUCGAAUGUUUCUGCAUUUCGACUACUGGCCGACACCGCCCUCCCCGCGUAUAUCACCUAUAACUUGGUGAAAGUGGCAAGCGACUGCCUCAUCGACGAGAUCACAGGAAGACAGACGCCGGGUCUGGGAGACCUGGUCGGGGGCCUGUCCGAAAUCUUUUGCUUGACGGACCCGAAGCAAGAAGACAACCCCAUCAUCUACGCGAGCUCCGAGUUCUAUCGUUUUACAGGGUAUGGGCCCGAUGAUGUGAUCGGAAGAAAUUGUCGAUUUCUCCAAGGGACCAAGACGAAGCGAGAAUCGGUAUCGCGCUUAAGAAGCAGCAUUGAAAAUGGUCAUGAGAUCUCUGAGACGCUGCUGAACUAUCGCAGAGAUGGUAGACCGUUCAUAAACUUGUUGAUGAUUGCCCCACUUCAUGAUGACAAGGGCAACGUCAAAUACCACAUCGGUGCCCAGGUCGACGUUACCGGCCUGGCUGAGCGUGGAAGAGGCCUAGAUGGGUUCGAGCGCUAUCUGGUGACCAAGGAGAUUGAGAAGCGCGAGAAAGAGCUCAGAGGGAACGUUGUUGACGCAGAUCCAGCGCGUGCACGCAAAUCAAAGGCGCUUACCAAGUUGCGCGAGCUUAGUGAGACGUUCGACUUGGAAGAGUCCGCCGUCGUGCGUUCGCACAGCAGGUCCGCUUCUUCUACCAGAGAAGAUGAUGAAUACAGCACUGGCAGUAGCCGGAGAGCACCUCGGCGCCUCAUCGCGGACCCUGAUUCUUCCUCACAUGAAGACGAGGAAGAUCAGGGAUCACAGGAGGAUGGUACUUGGAAACUCGGUGAAUUUGGACAAUUCGGCUCAUCUGGGAAGUUGCCCGGUGUCUACGACAGCUACAUGCUCAUCAGACCGGCACCUUCGCUAAGAAUCGUAUUCGUGUCUCCUAAGCUACGUCGGCGGCUAGGUGAUAUUAUCCAGCACCCAUUCCUAUCGCACGUUGCUGCCCCUUCGAGGACGUUGGCAGGCCUUAAAGAGAGUUUUGGAACUGGCGUCCCUGUGUCGGCCAAAAUCCAUUUCAUGCGCAACCGGGGGGAGCGGCGAGACGGCACAAAGAUCAGCGCGGACAAGAAGCCGGAUGAAGCGGGCCAGAGCCGGGUCUGCUGGAUCUCGGCCACGCCACUUCUGGGGAGCGACGAUAAUAUUGGCGUCUGGAUGGUUGUGAUUGUUGACAAAAUGAAAGUGUUAACGACACGAAGACGAGAGAACGGGUUGGAAACGAAUGAGAACCAGAACUCAGUCUCUGCCAACACGGGGCUUCCCACGAAAAUCGAUGUACCUCCUUAUGAAUCGCUCGGGCAACAACAGUCGCCGCGAGAAGACAAGACAUCCGACCAGGACGGGCGACCUGGAGACACACCUAUCAAACCGACCAGGCUUGAUCAGUCCGCAGACUACCGAAACACGGUUCGGUCGCCUUCACCCCCGAGGAAAAAUGGAUUCGUAGACAAGGACGGGCCGAGGCAGACUGACUACGACGAGUCACAGCAGGUGCUAGACCUCCAAUCAGGUCUUGCUAGCCAGGCCAAUGCCGAGCAAGAAUCGGAUUUUGUUCCGGUGAACACCAACCAUUCGGACCACGGCUUUGACAGUCCAGCAGUCUCCAAUGACGGGUCUGAUGGACAGAUGGAACAAGCUUACGAAUCAAACGAGCCUCAACCAGGGCAUACAGGCGCUGAUAGCGACGGAGAGCCGGAUGCACCAACAACACUGGAGGUGGACAGUGCUAUUGAUAACUCGCUCGCGGCAGUCAAGGCUAGCGUCGCGCGGCUUGCCCUCGAGACACCCUACAGUCAUGACAUGCACGACGAAGCGGACCCGUUCCAUGGGUUCUCGGACAACGAGGACACUCCGAGACGGCCACAGCAUUUGACACGCUUCGACAGCCGCUCCGACUCUCCCUCAAGACCGGGGACCAGUGCGAUGGAGUCUUCGUCCACGAGAUCGAACGGCAAGCAUUAUAUGGAUUAUCUCCUUCAUCCGGGAAGCAGGGCAUCGUCUGAAUACAACCGCCCACUGUCUGGGAGCGGACUCAUGUCGUCGAUGUAUCAUCCCGAUGAUAUUGAUUAUGGAGAUGAAGGCGAUGAUUCCAAUGAGGCGCAAUGUGUAAGGACUCCCUAUAGUGUCGAUUGA